AUCACCGAACYGGGGAAUGGGCCCGAAUUUUUGUGUUACGACCACGCCUACUUUCUUGUCAAAGAACGGCCACGCUUUGAACUGAAUGUACUGUAACGUUCAUUCACGCUCUGUUUAAAAUGGAAAACCUCAAGUAUGAAUUCAAGCUCAAAAUUGGCAGUGAAGAAAGGUGCAUCAAGAUGUUUUUAACUUCAGAAGAAGUUACAAGUCUAGACUUUUCCUCGCUGAUGCAGAGAAUUGUCGAAAAAGCGCCAAGUCUUAUUGGCAAAGAAGUCGCUGUUAAAUAUUUAGACAUUCAAGAGGACUGGGUUGACUUGCAAAUAGAGGAUAUUGACUCAUUUAUUGAUAUGAUCGAGACAGCGAGGGAUUCUACCCGUGUAAAUUUAAAAGUGAUUCAAUUAAAGGUAAACAUGUUAUCCCUGACACCUCAAGAUGGCGGUAAAAAUCAAACGGGCAUGUCACAAAAGCGUCCAAGAGUAUCUCCUUCUCCUUCUCCUUCUUCUAAAUCUUUAGGAAGUAGUGCACAUGUAACCAAAAAGCCAAGGUCUCAUUCAGCAAAGAAACUUGCAUUCAACGACAGCACGGAAUCACUCGGCAAAACGUACACGUCUCCUACUGAAAAGUUCUUCGAGCGUCUUUCAAAGCAAAAGCAGAUCGCCGAAGAAACAGUUGAAAAAAAGCAACGUGAACUGAAUGAGCUUUUAAACACCUGUAAACCUCGAGUUUCUACAGCUUCUGGAACCAAAAAGCCUCCAGCAUGUUCAAUUUGCCAUUCAGCUGGGCAUAACAAAGCAAUUUGCAACUUCCCGCCUUGUCCCUCCGCGACUCAAUGUAAAGAUAUCAAACGACAUCCACAGGAAGAACAGACUGUUAAGAAAUUGCAGUCGGAGUUGAAGUCUUUAAAAAGUAAAACCAAGCAGUUAAAGGAAGAUAUUAUUUCUAAAAAGCAAUCUUAUGCCUCGUCGCUCAAUACGUUUGCAGCUAAAGUCCAGUCAAGUCUGAUUAAUACCAACCCUGAUAAGUAUCUGAGAAAGAAUCUUACUGGAGACUUUGUGCCAAACUGGCUGAUUAUAAAUACUGACAUUAGAAAGCUUGAAAAAAUCUGCAAGGGAAAGGUUCCAGAAACUUUUCAAAUGCAAGGGCUUAUAGCCAAGUAUGACGAAGGAUUUGAUUUUCUACAAGACACAGACAGYAAAGACCCUUCGACUUCUGUCUCGACGUCUAGGGCACAUCAUGUAAACCCCGUCGUGCGACUUUGGGAACAGAAAGGAAUUAAAUUCCCAGGGAGUGGAGUAAUUCCAAAYAGUACUGUGUCUUCCAAGCAUAAUUUUCCAUCUACUUUUGAGGAAKAAAAUCAUCUKCUAGAAUUAGCGMUAGAAGAGAGUUUAAGGUCACUCCCCGAGCAAGCACCACAAAAAGCCGAGACUGCAGUCACAUGCACGGAGACCGAAGGCAAAGAUCCCAGCGAGCCUGAUUACGGCCUAUCACUUCUCUUUACUGCAGCAAAUCUCUUGGACGACUGAACUAGUCAUGAUCACAUCUGAACAAUUUGUGUUAAAGCUGUUAUCUAAGUUUGUUGUUGUUAAAUCGAAAGUUUAAGCUUUUGUAUACUAGUAUUAUAAUUCGCAUGAAAAGAUACGCACAGAUAGAAUGAAAUAUAUGUUUUUUCACUGGUUUUUAUGGGAUAUCGAAAAAAAUUCGUAUAUUUUGAAGGACUUAUCCUUAGAAUAUCUAUCCAGGUGAAUUAGUAUACGCAUUCCUUUGUCCAGAGAUUGUUAUCAAGUUGCGUAUAUAAAUAAAUGUGUUUUCGAUUUUUCGUUGCGUUAAUUUGAUAAAAGACAUUUCAUUAUUUGUAUGUGCAACUAUUGCUCAUAUUAGAUAUUAUUGAAUGUCGAAUUCUCUUUUCGCUUUUAAUGCAUGUUUAAUCAUAUUCUGGUAUAUCAAAAGAAACAUACAACAGGAAUGAAAUGUACAUUUUCAAUUAUGUAAACAU